UCAUUCAUCUACUAAAUAAGAAUUUAAACAUACACGGUAAAAGGUUUCUGAUUAUGGGUUAUUGUAAUUAUUAAUCAAUAGAUUUAUGCAGAUUCGUAUUAAAAAUAGAUUCUUAGUACUAAAUUCCUCAGUGAGAAGAGAACAUAAUUUACGGUGACAAAUAUUGUGGUAAAUUUGAGGUAUAAUUUCUUAGAUCUAUCUACCAAAUCAAACCAAAGUCCAACAUCUAACUUACAGUACCUAAUUGCUUUGAUGUGCAUAUGAACGUAAAAACCUCUACACACGCAUAUAUACAUUUAUAUGUAUAAUUUACUAUCACUUGGUGAAUAUAAAUCUGCGGUACACAUUUAAUCUAAUAUUGCACGCUUCACACAACAAAUGGAGUCCAAAGAUGAUUUUACCCGGCGUUAUCGCCAUGCAGGAGAUCUAACGGAUGAACCACCGACUCGUGAGUUUGCAGAGAUUACUAUUCCUGUACCUUGGGGUCAUUUAUCCGGUAAAUGGUUUGGCCCCCAAAACUGCCAACCCGUACUAGGCCUGCAUGGUUGGCAAGAUAAUGCUGGCACAUUUGACUUACUUAUGCCUCUUUUGUCACCAGAGGUGCCGUUCCUUUCGAUUGACCUACCCGGUCAUGGACUCUCAUCUCGACUGCCAAAUGGUUGCUACUACAAUUUGGUUGACAAUUUAUACGUAAUAUUAAUUGUAAUGAAGCAAUAUAAUUGGCAAAAAGUCUCCUUAGUCGGUCAUUCUAUGGGCUCUAUCAUUGCAUUUGUAUUCGCCGCUGUUUUUCCGGAUAAAGUGGACAUGGUUAUCGGUAUUGAUGCACUAAAACCACAUCAACGUCCACCUGCCAGUGCUAUACGCACAGUGGAAACGCGUAUGCGUGAGUUUGUAAAGGAGGAUGAACGUAAUCGAUCUCAGGAAGAGCCACCAAGCUAUUCCUUUGAUGAACUCAUUGAACGCAUUUUUAUUGGCACAUUCCAUUCCAUUAAUAAAGACCGUUGUAAACAUAUGUUGGCACGCAACAUACAAAAAUCGGAAAAAUAUCCAGAGAAGUAUUUCUUUAGCCGAGAUCGCCGCCUAAAGUUUUACAAUUAUAUGGUUGGAUCACAGGAACUUUGUGUAGAAAUGGCUAAACGUAUACAGUGUCCCUACUUAUUCAUUAAAGCGCGUCAUUCAAGUUAUUUCGAGGAUAAGAAGUAUUAUGAUGAAGUAUUAGCAAUUUUGCAAAUGAAAUCGAGUUUUGAAUAUUCGGAGGUGGAUGGAUCCCAUCAUGUGCACAUAAACCAUCCAGAACGCAUUAGUGAGCAAGUAAAUGAUUUUAUAAAUCGUUAUGGCCCGCUGGCAAAGCAAAAAGGCACAACUCCGAGCAAACUAUAAAUAUGAAAGUUUUAAAUCUGAAAUGUGUUAUAUAUUUUUUGUACAAGUAAAUAUAGGUAUGUAUGUACAUAUAUGUGAUUAGUCGUAAAAGAUUUGUGAUAAUUAUUGGGGCUUAAGUUUUAUCACAAACAUCAAAAUCAAGAAGCUUUACAUUAUGCCAUGUUCAGUCAAAACCAAAGGCGGCUAUGAGCUAAUAAAUAUAAAAUCUGUCUUUUCAGACUUUAAUACAUAUUUAGUUUAUUUUACUUUGAACAUACAUACAUAUGAGCAAGAAAAAAGGUAAAGUUUGUUUAUGUAAAUAGUCCUAGACUAAUUAUUGUGCUGAAGUGUAUUUGUAUUAUUUGUUAAAGCUGUAUUGUAAUCAAAAUCCACCAAAAAAAGCAGACAUAUGUAUGUAGAUAUUUUGUCACUGAAAUAAAGACCUUUUUCUCGUCUAAGAAUGUAA